CUCCAAAAGUAAGAUUCCCUCAUUACCAGCUGAGAGCAAUAACCCCCGCCCCGCAUUCUAGAUCACGGACGCGUUUUUUCUAGCCCUUCUAGGAUCUGGUUGGAGGAGAGAAGUCGAGGCGAUCAAGCUUUCUGCCGCUGUUCGAGACUACGAGGUCCUUAGCUAAGGGAUCAAGAACUACCGUGUUUUUUGGAUUUACUGUCUUUUUCGUGCGCCUCUCAGGGAGCUUUCCUUAGAUUCACCCGAAAACUGGCGGCUUUAAUUCUGGACUUGGAAUUAGACCCCUCCUCCUGUUCCCUGGGGGAAUCUUUUUGGAGCGAAGGAGAUCUUCCUAGGCUUGGAAAUACACUCUCCUCCCGCUCUGUGGAGCGACUCUCUUUGGAUCUAAGGCGACUUUUUAUUUUUAUUUCCUCUUUCUCUCUCCUCCCCGCCUUUCAGUCUUCCUAGUUCCCCCCUCCUCCCGCAAGGAAAUAUUUCUUACCCAUCUUUUGGGAAGAUCCUUCUCAGAGCCGGUUGGUUGGUAAAUUUGGAGCGGGGCAAGGAAAGGCGGGGACCAUCGCCUGCCCCCUGGAGGUUUAUUUCGAGGCUGGUGGUGGAAGGAGAGAGAGAGAGAGAGAUCGACCUCUUUCAAAAACAAGCAAACCUAAAACCUGUUUUCCGAUAGAGCAUCUCAGCCGAAGCGGCGGCUCUCCCUCGGAGAUCUGCUGCUGCUGCUAUUUUCCACCGUCUGCUUUUUUUAAACAUUUAUUUGGUAUCCCCUGUUCUACACACGGUCGAAGGAGAAAGAAACCAAUCUUGCUUGUGCCACCAAAAACCCACCUCUUGGAUUUUGCUGCCGCUGCCAUCGCCAUGGCCCGUCCAGCGGCCCAGAGCAGCCCGGCACCCAGCCCCAUGCUCUCGUCUCCUCCUCUGGGACUAGCCAGCCCAAGUUCUGCCAUGGCCAGUCUCAAGAGCCUCCUUCAGGGGCCGGUCAAGAGUCCCGAACGCCGUGGGGCCAAGGACCUGGGCGCAUGUGUGAUCAAAGACAAGGAGCGCAAGAUGGAGGAUGAGCUGAGCAUUUCGCGACCAGGCCACUGUGCAUACCUGGGUUCUCUCCUGUGGGAACGCACACUGCCCUACAAUGAGAUUGAAUACGUCGAUUUGGAUGAAUUCUUGCUGGAAAACGGUUUGCCACCAAGUCCAGCCCAUCAGCCCUUUUCACCAGGUAGUCAGCCCACCGCCUCACCUUCCAGUGGGGUCGUGGUGGACCUCAGUCGUCCAGCCUCUUGUGCGUCUUCGUCUUCCGUCUGCUCAUCAUCUGGGGAAGGCCUGGUGGGCAGCGAUUAUGACCACCACUGCAGCAAGACAGGUCCCAUCACACCUGCGUCCCGGAGUACCCCCAGCCCAGUGGACCCUGAGGCAGUGGAGGUCCUCAUGAACUUCGACCCGGACCCCGCUGACUUGGCACUGUCCAGCAUUCCUGGCCAUGAGACCUUUGACCCCCGCAAACAUCGGUUUUCUGAAGAAGAGCUUAAACCCCAACCCAUCAUGAAAAAGGCACGGAAGAUACAAGUUCCGGAUGAUCAGAAGGAUGAGAAAUACUGGAACAGGCGGUACAAGAACAAUGAGGCGGCAAAACGGUCGCGGGAUGCCCGCCGCCUGAAAGAGAACCAGAUCACUGUCCGGGCAGCCUUCCUGGAGAAGGAGAACGCCGUCCUGCGCCAAGAGGUGGCCAACAUCCGCCAGGAACUGACCCGUUACCGCAGCAUCCUCUCCAAGUACGAAUCGCAGCAUGGCACCUUGUAAAACCUGCGGCAGGGAAGCUGCGUUCUUCUCCACCGUCCACCACAAGGUGGUGGGGCCACCCUGGUUUUUCAACCCUGACCCCCGUCUUCCCGAACCGGGCAAACAGAUAUUCAAACAGAUGUUUGGAACGAGGGGAAAGGUCCACGGCGGGUGAUGCCCACAUGCGGGGACUACCAUGGUCCAGGUGCAUGACAGAAGAGAUAAGAUUUCCUGGGUUGGCUCGUGCCGAUCCCUUGCCAAGAAAGGGGCAGUGAAAUCCGAGACGUUGAACUGGGCUUCGUAGGCACAUGGAACACACCGCGAAUGCACAAGGGCUCUGUAGCACGUUGGAAGAUGUAUUGCGCACACACACACAGGCAGACACACAGGCAGACACACACACCCAGACACACACACACACGGGUUUGACUCGCUGGCAGACUUUUCUAUUUGAAGGGCAGAAUCCAGUCGCGGACUUCCGCUUCUGCUCACCUCUGUCAUAUGUGGCAUUUGGGGCAUUGACAUGGCUGUCCCAGGAGGCAUGUCAGGAUCCCUGGGUUUGCUCUCCUCCUCCUUUCUGACAGCAGGUGCAUCGUUUUUCUGCAGAUGUUUGCACACAACAAUCCUUGCUCAUCUCUACUGUUGACUCUUUGUCUGAGGUGGUGGUGAAGGACACAAAAGGCAACAGGUAUGGAACCCAGGUGGGCACGGAAUCCAGGUGCCCUGGGCUCCCAUCAGACCACUAGGCUCUGCCAUGCCAUGCCCUUCAUAAGAGAACCCAGGAGUCCUGGCACCCCAAAAAGAAGAUAGGAGGGUGUCCUUCCUUUGGACUCCAGUAAACUUCUGACUUUUCUUCUGCCUAUGGAAUGCCAAAUUAAAAAAAAAACCAAACGGGUUGCACACUCAUAUUUUUCCACCGUUGAAUGAAAAUAGGCUUUGUGUCAGAGGGCAGGUGUAGGGGUUGCUAGUUUAAUUCCUAUGAUUCUCGUAUUAUACCUGUUUUUAGUUAAAAGGCAAGCAGUGCUUUCUGUUCCCCCUCCGCCUUCCUCAUGUUUUGUGUCCAGCGCUGUCCGAUGUGGUCAUAUGUACAGACGUGAAAAACAAGCAAACACAAAACCUCAUUGGUGACCCUCCAUAAAUAUGAACAUAUAUAUAAAUAGGUAAUUUUCUUUUUGUUAAAUAAAGUAUAUAUAUAUGUAUAUAUAUGUAUGUAUAGACUCCAGGAGAGACUCGAGAGAUUAAACUAUGUUCUUCUAUUGGGGAAA